GCCUCAGGGGAGACUGAAAACCUUCAGCCUGGUUCCUGACGGAGCAGCGACACUGCAGCCCCAGCCAGGCCCAGCGCCAGCUCAGAUUUCAAGGAUGUGACACUGGUCAGAAUGUACCAUUGAUGGAGGCUGAAAAAACUAAAGCAGGAGACCCACUCCCUGCAGCUACCACCUUUGCCAGUGAACCUUUGGAUCUUGGCCCACCCAGAGGGCACCAUGAAGUCCCAGACUUUCGUAACAUUUCUGAAGAGGAGCCAGAGGAGAAGGCAGAGGCCUCCUUUUCUCAAGAUGUCACCCUUCUCUUCGUUGUGGAAGAACAGCUGUGGAGCAGACUCUCCAAUCCUUUGGAAAGAGAGGCAUUCAAAGGACUGCAAAGCAGCCACAGGGAUCCAGGGACCCGGGCAGAACUUUCACAGGAGGAAAGCAAUGUCAGUGUAAAAGAAACUAGUCUGGAGGACUCGUUCUUGAAUUUUUCUCAAGGAGAAUGUACGGCAGCUUGUUCUUCGUGGGGUCACCAGUCUUCUUUUUCUGGCACAAUCCCCUUGGAACAAGACCCCAAACCCUCCUGCAAGGCUGCUGCUGAACAACCACAGGACCACACCAUAGCUGUUGGAUUUCCCCAAGCCCUGAACUUUUGUGACACGCUCCUUCAGACACAGUAUGAGGAAACCUCGAGAACAGACUCUUUUCCUCCACAGGAAGAUUCAGUUUGCAGCGACUCUCUGGUGAAUCAUGGGAUUGCAAAAUGUCAGCAGAAUGCUGAAUCUUCUAAAUCCAGAUCAGACGAAAAUCAGUCAUGGGAACUACAGGCUCAGUGGAGCUCUAACAAGGGACUUGCUCAGGAAAUGGAAACUACAGGGGGAAGUGACAAUGAAGCAUCCUCAAUGACUGUCAGAGAUGGUGGGGUACAGCCUAUUCUUUCCGCGGACAAUGAGGAGAAAGUAAUAGAGCUAUCGGGACAAAAUGAUGAUGCUAAAUCUCAUGCUUCUCCUAAAUGUUCUGAACUUUCUAACAGCAGGAGAAUGAAUUUAGAUGCAAUGCAAGCAAUGCCUAGUGUAUCCUCAGCUUCUUCCCCCUCCAAGACAAUGAACAGCCAUUCAGACACAGAGAAAGUGGAAGAUCUUGAGAGAGAAUCAUUUAUUUGCAACAUCCUCCAUCUUUGGGAGGAGGAGGAGGAGGAAGAGAACCCAGGAGGAGACAACACUCAUUCUUCUCUAAAGGAGAGAAUCCAAACGAGGCUUUUGAAAAACGGGGCCAAUUGUGGUGAAUCAGAAUCCACACAGAAAGAGUCAGAAAAAACAAAGCCUGGAACGAUUGAGGUACUUAAGUUGGAAGACACAAAUGAUGAAGAGGAAGAAGAUCUGGACUGGAAAGAAGAGGAGGAUGCAAUGGAAACAAAGCAAGAGACUCUGGACUUAGAUCAGAAAGAUCAGGACAUGAGAGCACAAAGCAUAUCCAGGGAAGAGUUACAGAAGGAGAGUCCAGUUCAGUCUUUCAGGUCAGGUCUGGAAACACUUUACAAUCUGGAAAAUGACUCUGUCUUUCCAGAAUACAACAAGAACUGUCCUUUGGUUGAGAAUGAUGGAUCAACCUUCCCUUUCAAGGAACUGUUCCCACCAGAUGGCUGCCCGGAGUCAGCUUUUGCAUUACCAGAGCUCCAUGUCCAAACAACAAAGGCAAGUGUGGUGCUUGUGAGCAAAAGCCCAAAGACGCAACCCGGCACUGGACAAUGGGAAUACUCAGGUAGCUGUGACCACACCUACUGUGUUCCUCAGAGUCAACAAGACAGCAAGAAAAGUGAGACAGGCAGCAGUGAAAAUGGGGGUGAUGGGGAAAGCAUCAGGACUUUUGGUGGUGAAGGAAGGGCAUUGGUUGUUCAAGAUUUAGCAGUAACUCCUGAUCCACAGGACAUAUAUGAUUCCCAGCUUGCACAUCACUCCAUUGACAAUGAAAGUCAUAUUCCAGCUUCACCACUGGGAACCAUGAGCACAACUGACUCAGUGGAGGAAGAUGCUGGCAAGGGAGCCCGGGAUGACACUGUAGAUUAUGCUAUGGUGGAAGAAGACGCCAAUUCCAUACCUGAUUCACUGGACUCCUGCAGAGAAGCCUCAGUAUUGAGCAGUGACUUCAGUGAUAUCCAGGGUCACCGUAAACAGACCAUCAUUAAUAAAGAUUUCCAGGAAGAGACUCGUGAUUCUGUCCCCAAGAGUCUCCUAUUGACACCUCCAAGCAACAGCCAAGGUCUCUUCUGUGUAGACAAAGAGAGUGGAGAACUGAACCUUGUCUCACCUCCACAGGAUCCAGAGUCGCUCCAGGCACAAGACGCUGACGUAAAUUAUCUAGAGAAAUUCCAGCAGCACCUGAAGCCUACAGUGAGGAGCUUUGUGUUUCCAAGCAAGGAAGCAGGAGAAGAGACACUUUGUGUAGUGCAAGAAACGACCCUGGAUGACCCGCCUUGUCUUGUAGUUCUUGAAGAGGACAGAACAGAAUGUGAGCCUAGCUCUGAGAUUCCCACUUCUCCUAACACCAGCAUUGCUACAGCCACCCAGGCGUUGCCCCCAGUGCCUGUCCUGGGUCAAACUCAGGCUCAUGAAACAGCUUCCAUCCAGUUUGGUCAAUCCUCACCACCCACACUGGACUGCAGGCAGCCUGCCUGUUUUGUAACCCCUCCACCCGAUGCAAACUUGCUUGCCCAAUCUCCAGAUCCUGAUCUUGAUUCCAAGUGUCCCACUCAGCCCCUAGAACUGCUGCUCCCUUCCAGCCAAAAUGGCCAGUUAUUAGACCGUCAGUCCACUUCAGCUGAAGUGCCUGCUUUCUCAGCUCCUGUGCUUAACACUGAAGUUUCUGUCCAGCCACUAACCUUAGAACCUGUUCCCAGACAACCCAGCCAGCUCCCAGAACAAGUGUUCAAUUUUGACUGUUCUCCAUCCCUGAAGUAUUAUGCCAAAUGUCCCAUGUCCAUGCCUGCCCUUCUUCAACACACCAAUUAUUCUGUGUGUCCUGCUUCUAAUGCCAACCAGCCUAUCCAACCCUUUGUAAUGGACUCCAGCCAGAUCAGGGAAGAUACAGGUCCUAAGCUUAACGCUAGCCUCCUUCCUCAACUUCCAGUCUUUGAUUUUAAUACUGAUCUUCACCAUCUGCCUCCUGCUUCUAUCUCCAGCAUCCCUCCAACUUCUGACAAUAACCAGUUUGCCCAGCAAUCAAUAGAAUCUGGGCUACUGCUUACCUGCUUAGCAGAUGAUGCCCAGACACUUAGGAGUUUGCCCGCCAUUAACACUGCCUCCCAGACUUCAACACCUGUUCUCGAAGCUGAAAGCCAUACCCAGAUUUUGAAUGCCCGUGGCAGAACAGAAGAACAUUCUCUACUUCAUUUGGCCAAGGCAGAGGGUGAGGAAGCUCCAGAAAGCCAGGGAAAUUUGAAUGUAGGUGAUACUUUGAGUGGCCUGGGAGUCAGUUUGCUGGUCACAUGUACCAAUUUAGCUAAAUUAGGAAAUGAUCCAUCAGCCUUAGCCCCUUCCUGUGCUCCUGAAGUAAUGGCCAAAAUUACAGACAAGCAUGAUGGUAAAUCCUCAUCGGACCAUAGCUCCCAGCCCUCCCUGGGGAGUCAGAAAAUUCCUGAAGCUGUGGAGGCCAGAACUUCCCUGCUGCCCCCUCCCCUGCUGGCUUUCACCAACCCAAUCCACUUCUUCCAGUUGGGCCCCCCAUCCCCACCAACUACCAGACACCGACACAGGCCACAAUACAUCUCUCAGGGGCCACAACGGCAACAGAAGGCCGAUGCCAAGAUAGAUACUGUGGACUCUGCAGUAAUGCGGCAGAUGGCAGAAGGUGCUGGAAGGCUCAGGAAGGGCUUGGAAAAGCCAGAAUUGGAGCCAAUCCCCCCACCGCUCCCAAGGAAGGAAAGGACAGCCAAGCACCCACACUUGGAGAAAUCUACCAGUUGUCCAAAUAAAAGCAUUAUCCAGUGGGAUACCAAAGAUCCAGAGCACAAUUCAAAUAAGCAAGAGGGAUUAACCAAAAUCCGAACGAAAAGCAAAGAUUGGCAUAGACAGGGCGUGAGGAAGAUCUCAAUACCAACAGAAAAUGCAUUCGCAGAAGAGAUAGCAUCCUUUCUCCCUUCAAGAGGGGAAGUCCUCGCACACAAAGACCCAUCCGACCAACCAAACAACGCUCUGCAUGGAGAGAAGAAAUCGGCAGAAACAGUGGAAAAUAUCAAGAGAAGACAUUCAAAACUUAUCAACUCAUCACGGCUGCUCUAUCAGGAAUACAGUGACGUUGCACUGAACAAAGCCAUUCAGAGCCAGAAGAGAGCAGAUUCCUUGUCCGAGGAACUGGAGCUAGAAAAUGUGGGAUCUCAAAGCUCCUCAAGGUUACGAAGAAAAGUGCUACAAUCCCAAGACUCCUGCCUACAACGUCUGUCCAUCUCUUCCAGCGCAUCCCUCUGGCAGGAUAUCCCCAUGGUCCGAGGGAGCACUAUGCUGCUAAGCAUGACUCAUGAGGAGCAGAAGUUGCAGGAGGCCAAGUUCGAACUGAUUGCAUCAGAGGCGUCUUACCUACGGAGUUUAAAUGUAGCGGUGGAUCAUUUCCAGCACUCCCCGGAGCUUCAGGCUGCCCUGACAAAUCAAGACAAACAGUGGCUUUUCUCCCGCCUGCAGGAUGUGCGCGAUGUUAGUGCCAAUUUCCUCUUUGACUUGGAGGAAAAGCUUGAGGAGAACAUGUUCACCUUCAAUGUGUGUGAUGUAGCUCUGAAGCAUGCGCCAGAAUUUCGCCGUGUUUACCUGCCAUACGUGACAAACCAGACCUACCAGGAGCAAACCUUUCAGAGGCUUUUGAAUGGCCUUCCUGCCUUCCAGCAGGUCUUGGAGAAACUAGAAAGUGACCCCAUUUGCCAGCGUCUCUCCCUCAAGUCUUUCCUCAUUCUCCCGUUCCAGCGCAUCACACGACUGAAACUUCUUCUUCAAAACAUCUUGAAAAGAACGCAGCCUGGUGCUGACGAAGAAGUCCAGGCGACUCAGGCAUAUGAUGCUCUUGAGAAGCUCAUCAAAGACUGCAAUGAAAACGUCCAGCGCAUGAAGAACACGGAGGAGUUAAUUCACUUAAGUCAGAAUAUGGUGUUUGAAUGCAAGAUUUUCCCACUUAUCUCUCAGUCUCGGAGGCUGGUGAAGCGUGGUGAGCUGACAGCUCUGGAAUACAACCUGAGCUUGAAAUGGAAACUCACCACCCGACCUAUCUAUCUGCAUCUCUUUAAUGACUUCCUGCUCCUCUCUCGGCCCAGAGAAAAUGGGCACUUCACUGUAUUUGAUUAUGCUGCCUCCUCAGAAGUACGUGGAGAAAAGUGUGAAAUGAAACUGCAUGGAGCAAAUAAAAAUGUUUUCCGCCUCUUCCUGCUGCAGAACAAUCAGGGGAAAAAAGUGGAGUUCCUCUUCCGUACAGAAACACAGAGUGAAAAACUGCGAUGGAUUUCUGCUCUUACACCGCAGCAAGCAGAGCUCGAUCUCUUAGAUGACUCUGAUGCACCUCAGGUUCAGUGUGUGAAGUCGUACAAAGCCCGCGAGAAUGAUGAGUUGGCGCUGGAGAAGGCAGAUAUCGUUAUGGUCUUGCGACAAAGUACUGAUGGAUGGAUUGAAGGAGUGAAGCUCUCAGAUGGCGAGAGAGGCUGGUUCCCUUCGGAGCAGGUGGAAUUCAUCUCCAGCAGGCAUGCACGCCAGAUGAACUUGAAGGAGGAACAGCGUGUCAAGAAUGCCAAGCAACAGGUCUUCCGCAGGAAGUGAGACCUGCUUCUUCCCAACAUGAAGUGAACACGACUGCAUUUGGUGUCUUUAAAAAAAAGAUACUUCUGCAAAGGCAAACAGCCAACAUUUAGCCUGGCUGUAAGGGAAAUAUUACUUGGCAAAGCAAGCAAAAAUCAAACUCACGGACAUAUGCAUUACCAGAACUAGGAGAAGGAAAAGCAGCUUUAUCUUUUGAUUGAUGAUAUCAAGGAAAAAACCCAAGAGAGCCAAGAAGUGGCUGUGAAUAACAAAAGUAAUCAUAACAACAUUGUGCUUAUAUACUGCUCUUCUGGACAGAUUAGUGCCACAUUCAGGGUGGUGGACAAAGUCAUUGUUGUUAUCUCCACAAUACAGCGGGGGAGCUGGGGCUGAGAGGAGUGGCUUGCCCAAGCCACCAGCUGAGGUCAUGGCAGUAGUGGGAUUUGAACAAGCAGGGUGUUUAUUCACAGCCCAACCACUUAACCACUGUGCCACAGCAGCUAUGAGGACUUCUGGGACUCUCUUCUUGACUCUGCAUGAACUCUUGCCCUGGAAACUUUGCCUCAGCUUCUCAUUUUGAAAAAUGGAGCGGGGGGGGAUACCUACCUCUCCUACCUUAGGGUGCAUAUGUACUACUGAUAUUGGUUUAGAUAGAUAGAUAUUCUCUUUUUGAGUACUGAAAAAAUAGGUGGCAAUGAUAUUCAAAUGUAAAGAACAAACACAUUUAAGUUAUAUACAUGCCAGAGUCUGGUUAUACUUUUGUAUUAUAUUGAGCUUAUUGCCAUGGUGUUUAUUAUAAAUUUUAAUAUAACGCUUUCCAAAAAAGUGAGGCUAAAAUGUUAGUAUUUCAAAUGCUUUGAAUUCUUUGGAAGGAAGACGCUACAGAAAUGCAAAAAAGAGUCUUUUCUAGGUAUUAUCAUGAAGAGCUUUCCCCAUUUGAAAGGCUUCGUUUGUCUUAAUUGCUUCACUUGUCUUCUCAAAGAAAAAAACUGC